AAGCUGGGUUUCCUGACUCCCAGUCCAGUGUGCUUCUGUCAUCAUUAUCUUCAUCUUCUUUACCUUAUCAUCAUCAUCAUCACCAUCAUCACCAUCACCACCAUCACCACCAUCACCACCACCAUCACCAUCAUCACCAUCAUCACCAUCACCUCUACAUUUUACCUGCGAUGGCUGUUGAACUCCAGCCGAUGUAUUCUAUUAGAGUGGUUAUCCCGUUUGCCUCAACAGCGGCCUGGUGAGGUGGAUAACAUUAUCAUCAUCUCCAUUUGGCAGAUGAGAAAACUGAGGUCCAAAGAGGACAUACUAGCUGGUGACAGAGCUGAGAUUGAGAACCAGGUCUUCCCACCCCAAACGCGAGGGUUCGACUGGCACAUUGCUCUCCUAGAGUGGGAAAGAAGUCAAGGGGAGCAGACAGACAGUGAGGGCCACGGGCUCAGAGGAGGCAGGGCUGGCAGCUGGCGAUGCAGCAGGGAAGGCUUUGGAGAAUGGCGGGGGCCCGGGCUGGGCUUGGGGGGCUGGGAAGAGGCACAAAGGGACCCAGCUGAACAGGGCAUUGUGGGAGAUGGAGGGAGCCUGAGGCCAGAGGCUGGGGACCAGGGUGCGUCAGGGACCUGGAGGCAGCCAGAACUGAACCAGAAUCCCAGCUUUGCCACUUCUGCUGUGUGAACUCCCCCAUCCACGUCCCUACUCCCCCAACCACCCCACCCCUGGCCUGUGAUUCUUCAACUGGGAAGAGGAAUAAUAACACUGCCUGUGCUGUGGCCCUGCGUCUUCCCAGGUGACUACGCCGGCUUCAGGACAUGCACGGGCACAGCCGAAACGGGCAGGCCCACGUGCCCCGGCGGAAACGCCGCAACCGCUUCGUCAAGAAGAACGGCCAAUGCAACGUCUACUUCGCCAACCUGAGCAACAAGUCGCAGCGCUACAUGGCGGACAUCUUCACCACCUGCGUGGACACGCGCUGGCGCUACAUGCUCAUGAUCUUUUCCGCGGCCUUCCUCGUCUCCUGGCUCUUUUUUGGCCUCCUCUUCUGGUGCAUCGCCUUCUUCCACGGUGACCUGGAGGCUGGCCCAGCGGUGGCCACGGCGGGGGCCCCGGCGGGCAGCAGUGGAGCAGCUCCGGCGAGCCCCAAGCCGUGCAUCAUGCACGUGAACGGCUUCCUGGGCGCCUUCCUCUUCUCGGUGGAGACGCAGACGACCAUCGGCUACGGGUUCCGGUGCGUGACGGAGGAGUGCCCACUGGCGGUCAUCGCCGUGGUGGUCCAGUCCAUCGUGGGCUGCGUCAUCGACUCCUUCAUGAUUGGCACUAUCAUGGCCAAGAUGGCACGGCCCAAGAAGCGGGCGCAGACGCUGCUGUUCAGCCACCACGCGGUCAUCUCGGUGCGUGACGGCAAGCUCUGCCUGAUGUGGCGAGUGGGCAACCUGCGCAAGAGCCACAUCGUGGAGGCCCAUGUGCGGGCGCAGCUCAUCAAGCCCUACAUGACCCAGGAGGGCGAGUACCUGCCGCUGGACCAGCGGGACCUCAACGUGGGCUAUGACAUCGGCCUGGACCGCAUCUUCCUGGUGUCGCCCAUCAUCAUCGUCCACGAGAUUGACGAGGACAGCCCGCUCUACGGCAUGGGCAAGGAGGAGCUGGAGGCUGAGGACUUCGAGAUUGUGGUCAUCCUCGAGGGCAUGGUGGAGGCCACCGCCAUGACCACCCAGGCCCGCAGCUCCUACCUGGCCAGCGAGAUCCUGUGGGGCCACCGCUUCGAGCCCGUGGUCUUUGAGGAGAAGAGCCACUACAAGGUGGACUACUCACGCUUCCACAAGACCUACGAGGUGGCCGGCACGCCCUGCUGCUCCGCCCGGGAACUGCAGGAGAGCAAGAUCACCGUGCUGCCCGCCCCGCCGCCGCCGCCCAGUGCCUUCUGCUACGAGAACGAGCUGGCCCUCAUGAGCCAAGAGGAAGAGGAGAUGGAGGAGGAAGCGGCAGCGGCCGCAGCGGCCGUGGCUGCCGGCCUGGGCCUGGAGGCGGGCUCCAAGGAGGAGGCGGGCAUCAUCCGCAUGCUGGAGUUUGGCAGCCACCUGGAUCUGGAACGCAUGCAAGCCACGCUCCCGCUGGACAACAUCUCCUAUCGCAGGGAGUCGGCCAUCUGACCUCCAGGCCCCGCCCUCAUCACCUCCCACAAGAGCCUCUGCCGGGGGUGGGCUAUCAGGACACCCCCUCCACACUCAGGACAGAGCUGACCCUGGCUCCACAGACCUCCUGGAAGGAGGUGGGGGCUUCAAAGAUGGGGGACCCCUUCCUACUGACUCCAGAGCCCAGGCCUGGGAAGGGCCCAGGAGACCCUUGGCGCUAUCAGCCUGGGUUCCCCAGCGCCUACCUGUUGGCGGCUCAGGGACCCCAAACCCACUACCUUUUCCCCUCAGACCCUUCAAGGACGUGCCCUUUUGUUCUCAGAACCUUGGGGAAGGCGACUGGACUGCUGGGGGGUGGGCAUC